AUGAUAUGGAAUAAGGCAGAGAAUUUGGGUAAUUCGGGGACACCUAGAAGUUAUAGAGUAAAAUUAGGGGAUGGUACUGUGUUAAUAAGAAAUUCUAAAUGGGUUAAAUUGCUAUGGAAUAACAAGGCUGGUGAGAAAUCGGCUAAGGAGGUAGAAAAUGGAAAGGUUGAAGGGGAUAAGAAUUAUGUAAGGUCAAAGAGAACAUCUAAAAGACCAAAUUGGUUAAAUAAUUUUGUAUAA